AGAGCCGCAGACGGCACGCGCCUCCAGACCACGCGUUGCCCUAGGCAACCAGCCCAGACUAUGGGAUGACGGUAGAGUGGAGUGGGAAGGGAGGCGGUGGAAGGAAGGGGAAGGACCGGCCAAGAUGGCGGAGGACCUGGACGACCUAUUGGAUGAGGUGGAGUCCAAGUUCUGUGGACCCAAAUUCUUGAGUCCGGGACCUCUCGAGCGGCCUCCGGGGAGGGGCAACACCGUGGGCUGCAGCAGGAACAGCGCCGACCGGGAGAUAGAGGACGACGACUCUUUCGACGACGACGACGAGGACGACGACGAGGAGGAUGACGACGACGACCUCAGAUCAACUAAAAUAGUAUUGAAAGCUGAUGAUGAUCUCGAUGGCCUAAUUAAUGAAAUCUUUGAAGAGCCCUGUUUUGACAGAAACCCUAUUAAAUUAAAAUCUAAAUCCUCAAAUCACACAUCUGUCAGAGCUUCCAUUCAAGUACUUGGCAAAAGAUGCAGUCCAGUAUAUGUUGGAGGAAGCUCUGCUCCAUGUGGUAUAGGAACAAAUACUUCCCAGAGAACAUGUGACCAGUUGCGAUGCACAGCUUGUGAUUUCCGUGUAUUAAGCUUUGAUGACUACAUGUGGGAUAAAUCCUGUGAUUAUCUAUUUUUCAGGAACAACAUGCCUGAAUUCAACAAGUUGAAAACAAAGAUGACAAAGCGGAAAGGGACACGGGCCUAUGCUUGCCAGUGUAGUUGGAGAGAUGUAGAAGAGCUCACUGACCUCCGAACUGAUCAGCAACUUCGAUGGGUUUGUGGUAAACAUAACGAGUGAAGUUUGCUCACCUUCCAGCCAGUUUUUUGUGGAAAGGCCAUCUUUUAUGGGAGCUGACUCUGGAACGAUUGUAUAGUGAAGCAAGGUCGACAAUUGCUAUCAUUUGUGCCUCUUCACAGAAGAGAGUAGAAUUAUUUGACUGAGUAAAUUUUACAAAUUUCCAAAGUCCACUGGGCUAGGAAAGAUAAUCAUUCAGGCCUUAAUACUUCAGAAUCAUUCUUUUCUCCUUACUAAUAAUAUGUGUGAGUACUGCCUAUAAUAAGCAAAAUCACCAGUUAAACUCUCCCCAUUUCUUGAGACCCUGAUGUUUGCCCUCCUUUCUCUUUUUAGGCCACAUGGUGUUCUUCCAGCAUCAAAUAUUUAUGAAGUCGUUUUUAAUAUAUAUUUUAUUUUCUCCCCAGUUACAUGCUAAAUUUUGAGUUCCACAGUAAUAUAAUCUAGUGGUAUCUAAUGUAAAUAUGAUUUAUAUAUGUAGAAAUUAAAGAAAUGCUGACCAUCGCACACAAAAAAGCCCCUCACCGUAAAAUAUAUGUGCAUCAGUAUCGUCCAUAUCUAUCCAAUCUAGUGUUGCCAAAGACCAUAAGAAGAUGUAGCAGAAACCACAGAAUGACUGUGAACUCUGGAGACAUUUUACAGAAUUCUCAAAAUAGGUUUACCCAUUUUUGGCAUAUCUCUAGUCAUCCUAGUCACCUUCACAUUCUCCAUAUAUUAUCAGAAAAACAUCCUUUGAUGGCCCAUUUUACUUAUACAUGAUUGUUUCAGUGUGAGAAUUUUCGGAGAACCAAAAACCAUAAAUAUUCAAGAACCAUAUAUACAUAAUACAUAAAUGCAAUGAUGGCAUAUGGAUGCCAUUGUUUUCAUUUUAUAGGUGCUUUAUAGCAUUUGACAUGCAGCAGGAAGUAAGUACAGAGUAGACCUUAGGUCACCUUGAAUUUACCAGUAGGUUGUUUUUCAGUUGUGGGGUAGAGAAUAGAAUUGAAAAGGGAGCUAAUAAAGCAACAUCUGUUAUCAUAGAGUGAUCUCUCAUAAUCCCUCCUACCAUAGCUGUUAGCUGAAGCAAAGUAUUAGACCAAACUUAGAAAAUCUAGGAAUUUUCUAAUAUGCUUUAUAAUCGAAGCAAAGGGACCACUUAACUAGCUCAAGGCACACUGGAAAAAACAGGAUUAUCUUUCAUGUUAUCCUUGCUCUCUUUGUAGAAGAAAAAGAUGCAUCUGAUCACAAAAUCUUUUCCCGGUCAUCACAAUGAUGUGCAAAAUGAUCAGCUUACCCUGUUAAUAAAGCUAGCAUAUAUCCAUAUUGAAAAUAUGAUGAAACAUUCAAUCUACAGGUUUUUUAAAAGGCUUUUUCUAUAGUGACUUUUUAUUGCUUGAAAAUUACUUAAAACUAAACAAAUUAUUAUGAAUAUAUUUGCCAAAAAGAAAACCCAGUAAAGUCACUAUUCUGCAAAUUAGCAAACUCUAGCACACAUAACAAGGAUUGGUGAUGUUAGACCUAUUAGAUAUGUUGAUUUUAAAGGUAUCAAUAUAGCCUCUGUUACAGGGUGUUUUAAGCCAUGAUAGAAAUUUCUUUUACUGAAAUUUUAUUUGAAAAAGCUAUUUUGUUCCCAUUUUAGAGGCCUCAUUUUCUUUUUUUGUUUGUUUCCACUAGUUCAGUAUACCUGCCCUGUGCCUUUAGUGACCCAACAUAAUAUUGACAUUCAGCAAAUUAAUUAAUAUGCCAAUGUCAGGAAAAUAGUUUUGAGUUCUCAUUUAUAAGCUUUUUAGUACUGCACCAUUUUGUAUCUAAAAUGUGGAUAAAGUAUUAUAUUUAUAUAUAGAUUGAUAUUUUAUUAGAGGUUAUAAUCUGAUUAAAAUGUGACUUUUAGUAUCAAUAUAAAAGAAAAUUACAAUUUCUCCAGAUCUUAGGGGGAAAAAAACCUAAUAGAUUUUAAACUGUUUCCAAAUGUCCUACCAAAAUAUUUACUAAAUUUUAGAAUCUUUUCUAUCUUUGCCUAAUGUGUAGCUUGUCCAAAAAAAAAGGUGCCCAGUCACCUCAUUUUGUGUACUCGAUCUUCAGCCUGCCUCAGUAAGACAUCAAAAAUAAGUAUCAUAAUGUGUUGUGUUCAUGUUUUCUAUAUUAUUCAAUAAAGAUAGUACUGUGAGAGUCAA